CAAGUUAAGAAAGCUUAAUUAAUUUCUUCAUCUUUUUGCCAGCCCCCUUUUUUUUUAUAAAAAAAAAUGGCUACUCUAAAGUUUCUUUCUAUUUUCAUAAUUUAUUUUGCAAUUUCAUUGGGAUUUGUUAAUUCACAAGGCUUUGAAGUAGGGUACUACAAGAAAACAUGUCCAAAUAUUGAAGAAAUUGUGAAAAAGGCUGUUGUUGAAUAUGUUUCUCUUGAUCCAACUCUGGCUGCUCCUUUGUUGAGAAUGCACUUUCAUGAUUGUUUUGUUAGGGGAUGUGAUGGUUCAGUGUUACUUAAUUCUACUAAAAGUAAUCAAGCUGAGAAAGAUGCAAUUGCUAACCUAAGUCUAAGAGGAUUCCAAGUGAUUGAUGCUGCUAAAUCUGCUUUAGAAAAACAGUGCCCUGGUGUUGUGUCCUGUGCUGAUAUUUUAGCCUUAGUAGCUCGUGAUGCUGUUUCACUGAUUAAUGGACCAACAUGGCAAGUACAACUGGGAAGAAGAGAUGGGAGAGUUUCAAUUCUGUCAGAAGCCACAACAAAAUUGCCUACUCCUUUUGAUAAUUUCACUACUCUAAAAACAACAUUUGGUGCAUUGGGCCUAAAUGUCAAAGACCUUGUUGUUUUUUCAGGUGGACACACAAUUGGUGUAUCACAUUGCUUUUCGUUUGGUAGCCGUAUAUACAAUUUUACUGGCAGAGGUGAUACGGACCCAAACAUGGACCAAAAAUAUAUAGCCCAAUUGAAGACCAAAUGUAAGCCCAAUGAUGUGACCACCACAGUUGAAAUGGACCCUGGAAGUUUCAAAACAUUUGACACUGAUUAUUAUACUUUGGUUAGCAAAAGAAGAGGCCUUUUUGUAUCUGAUGCAACACUUCUUACAAAUACUCAAACAAGAACUUAUGUUUUGACACAAUUAAGUUCUAGUGGAUCAACUUUUUUUAAGGAUUUUGGGGUGUCAAUGGUGAAUAUGGGAAAAAUUGGAGUCCUUACUGGUAAAUCGGGCGAAAUUAGAAAAAAAUGUGCUUUUAUAAACUAAGAGGAAUAAUUUUGUGAAGUUAUUUUUCUUGCAAGAUUUCAGUCAUUUUUGUAUCGAUUUUUUUCUGUUCUUCUUUCGGAUUUUAAUUAGUUCGUGAAAAAUGUAUC